AUGGACCAUGAUGACUUGCGGACCAUCUUAGAAACCUCGGGUGUGGAUGUGUGGACGUUCAUUGACACUGCCAUUGUGGUAGCUUCGGUUGAUUAUGGCACUGAGCUCAAGCACCGGAGGGAUGGCAUUGUUGAGCGCCUCUACGCCACAACUUGCAUGCCGCCUCGGUGCCCCAACUGUGAUACUGAUGGGCCCAAUGGGAACCAACCCAAAGGAGUUUCACCGUACACGCCGCAGUUCGUUGAUAGAGAUGACGAUGAGGAGGAGGACAAGGAGGGGUUGGAUCCAUACGGAGGGUUGUUCGAUGAUGAGCAGAAGAACAUUCUAGAAAUCAAGAAGCAGCUUGAGGAUCCACAUCAGUCUGAGGAUUCUUUGGUUGAGUUGCUUCAAAGUCUAGCAGAUAUGGAAAUAUCAUUCCAAGAACUCAAGGAGGCUGAUAUUGGAAGGCAUGUGAGUCUAUUGCGGAAGCAGCAUCCAAGUGAUGUUGUUAGGAGAUUGGCAAAGCAAGUUGUCAGGAAAUGGAAAGGUAUUGUGGAUGAAUGGGUGAAGUUACAUGGAGAACUGCCAUCUUCAUCGGCCAUGGUUGAUGAAGACUCGCCCCAGCAGAAAAUUCCCCAAAAUGGUCUUCACCAGGUUCCUGAUUUUGCAUACUCUCCAAAUCCUCACAAUGGGAGUUCUGGGUCAGAUAAGAACAAUUCAGAACCAGAACGCAAGCCAAAGGCAGUUCCUAGGAGAGAAGCUCCACCAAAACCAGCACAAUCAAUCCCUAUGUCUGCUUCUGCUCCUCAAAAUAGACAGAGAGAACAGAAGGAAAGCAAUUUUGACAAUGAUAGAUUGGCUUCUGCAAGAAAACGACUUCAGGCGAAUUACAAAGAAGCUGAAAAUGCCAAAAAGCAGAGAACAAUUCAAGUAAUGGACAUCCAUGAGAUACCAAAACCAAAGAAUUCUUUCAUUGCAAAGAACAAAGGUGGAGGAGGAAGUGGUUCUCAUCAAGGCAGGCAUUGGUGA